UAUAAACAAGAAAUGGCUGACGAUCUCUUACCGCUGUUGGGGAUUAACAUGGGUAACGGCGAUGGGCAUGACGACGAAGAUGGUGAGGAAGAUGAUGAAGUAAAUAUGAUGGAAGAUAUUGAAAUUGAACCUGCUGUUAACAAUGAAGAUGGAAACAUGCCUGAUAACAGUCCUGUACAGAAACCAGAAAUAAAGAAAUCUACAAAAAAGACAAAGCGACAACAGUCAAUACCAAUAACAUUUGAUUCAUCACUCCCAACUUCACAUUCGUAUUUGGGGAAUGAUCUUGAGGAGGUUAGAGGUCGUACCAUCCAUGAUGACAACUCGCUGGUUACGCUUCCCAUCAUCCAGUUACCAGGGAUGGUGCUUAUUCCUGGCCAAACCAUCCCUCUUCACCUGUUCCACCAGCACACGGUGGCCAUGAUCAAGGGCGUCGUUGAUACAGACAAAACCUUCGGGGUCGUAACCUUCAGACACACUCAUGAGGAGGGGGCACACACCAUGGCGACCAUAGGAACCACAGCUGAGAUAUUUUCCGUACGAGAUGAAACGGAUGAUGACACAGGGUUGUCGACAGUAAGAGUCAAGGCCAAAGGUCGUCAGCGCUUCCAUAUUGUUGAUACUAAACGCUCACCUACUGGGAUUUUAAUAGGUAAAGUGAAGAUAUUGCCAGAAAAGAUAUUGCCCGACUGUCUCGAGGGAGCACGGCCUCCUUCCCACUGUAAAUUCUGUUGUCCUGACCUGGACAGUGUGGUCAAAACAUGUACAGCUGUUGACAGACAGGGCAACAUACUGACCAGUGUAGCUAUGGUCAAAAACAGGAAGGUCAACAAAUUCACUGCCGCUCAUUACACAUGGUGGCCUCCAUGGGUUUACAAAAUGUACGAUGCUGACUUGGUGAUGCAGAGAACUAAAGAGGAGCUACACAAAUGGAAUGAAACUUUGCGUCCCGAGAACAUGCCUCAAGAUCCAGUUGAGUUAUCGUACUGGGUCACACAAAACCUUCCUCUCGACGAUGGACUCCGGAUUAACCUCCUUAGUAUAGACAGUGCCAUACAGAGGCUACGCUGUGCUCUCAGCAUCAUAGGAAAGUGUUCUGUACUUUGCUGUAAGGGAUGUGGAUGUCAAGUGGCCAAUAAGAACGAUGUAUUCAGUCUCUCCAUUGAAGGACCCCUCGGAGCCUAUGUCAAUCCAGGGGGCUACGUACACGAAACAAUGACAGUGCAUAAAUCUCAAAACUUAAAUCUUAUUGGACGACCAUCGACAGAACACAGUUGGUUUCCAGGCUAUGCCUGGACGAUUGCCCAGUGUCGGCGCUGUUCCUCACACAUGGGCUGGAAGUUCACCUCCACACUGAAGGAAUUGAAGCCUCAAAAAUUCUGGGGACUGACCAGGUCCUCAGUGGUCCCUGGACUCCACAACCUAGACGAGGGAGACGAGGAAUGGAUGCCAGUCAUGUGAUCAGGAAUGUGUGCUAUUUAUAGAAUGUUUUGAGAUUCCAGCCGAGAAAAAGACUUCUGAUUACUGUAGCUUUGUAUGGUAAAUGUCAGUGUUUUAGCAAUUUCCACAUCAGUCCUGGAGCAAUACAUUUACAAGCAACAGUUAUGUAGUACAUAGUGUAUGAUUAUAUCAAUCUGCUUUUUAGUGGGAUGCUAAUGCAUGGGCUGCAUAUUGAAUUGCUAAAAUGGUAUUGUAUUUAUCUUCAAUAAGAUUGAUCAGUUUGGAAAUAUGUGAUAUCAAAGUUUUACUUUUUACACAAACAAUGU